AUGUCCACCCCCCUUGACAUCCAAACCACAAUCAGCGAGGGAACCGCCCUCGCCAACAUGUUUUACGAAUCCGUCCCUCACAAUCACUUAAUUCACGAAACAUACUGGCCCGGACAUGUCCAGCCCACCGAUGCCGUCGUUCCAUAUCUCACCGACCACUUCAACCAGAUCAUCACCCACGACUACAGACCCGCUGAUGCCAAGGACGUUCUCAUGAAAGCGAACCUGCCCGGAGAGCCAAGUAAGAUUGUCGCGUUCGCGUACUAG